AAAGGUGUUUCUAUUCAAAUGGAAAUCUUGGAUAAACAGAGGGACAAACUGGUGUUGCAAUGUUUGUUACGUUGGAUUAGAGAAUGUUGUAUAAAACACGAAGCAAAUAGACAAAACAUAUUCAAUGCUCAUAUCUUUAAAAGACUUAAAAAAAUAUUAACUCGAGAUGAUGCGACAGCAUCUGAAGUACGAGAUGCAUGCUCUGUACUUAGAGCACUUGUACUAGACGAUGAUAUAAGACACGAAUAUGGAAAAGCACACGAACAUGCAACAGUUAUGGCAAGGGGUGCAUUGGAUGUACUUACUGGAUUGUUGUCCAAAUUCAAAAACGAGAAAGCUGUAAUGGGUGACAUUAUGAUAACGCUUGCUUCGUUGAUCGUAAGAAAUGAAUUCUGUCAGGACGUUACAGAUGCGGGUGGUUUAAAAUUUGUUCUAGAUGUUAUCAUUAAUUAUCCCGAUUCAGARAAAUUAAAUURGCAAGCUUUGAAAUUAUUAAAAGCUCUCGCAGGUAACGACAAUGUGAAAUCGCAAAUAGUGAUUGCAGGAAGUGCACCUUUGAUUGUUUCUGUGAUCAGCAGGUUUAAAAAAUCUGAAUCAAUUGUUUCUGCUGGACUUGCAUGCAUCUCUGCGUUAACAUUAAGAAGUUCAUCUAAUGCAGGAGUAUUCUACGAUUGCGGAUCAGUUAGCAUAAUUAUUGAUGCUAUGAAGAGCUAUCCUAAAAAUGUUAAUGUUUUGAAGCAAGCAGCUUGGACGAUAAGAAAUAUGUCUGUAAGGAACAAGAUGGAAUGCCACGAAUUUAUUGGUUACGGUGUUGAAGAUAUAUUAAAGAGUGCUCUUGUAAUGCAUGGGCCCAAGUUAGAAAAUGAUAUUAAAGCUGCCUUAAGAGAUUUAGGAUUGAAGGUUGAAUUAAAAGAAAGGUGGACUGGCAAGGGUGCCAAGUUGAAUAGCGAAGCAGAUAAACGACCUGCAAAUGAAUGAAUAUAAAAUAUCUUAGAAGAGAUUUUUGAAAAGGUUGUAAUAACAAUUUAACAAUUGAGAUUAUUACGUUCGUUAAACCUUAUAUCUACUAACAAUAGUAUUUAAUAUGACUGACUCAGAAACUUGAAUAUUUGCAUUUACAUAAUUUUUAUGUCGAUCCGAUCCUUUGUAUAUUUUAUGUUACUUUAACACAUCUUUUUAACUAUACACUUGUAUAUUAUAUUAAUAAAUAAUAAAUUUUUAUGUUUAUUACAU